AUGUCAAUUGGAGUACCGAUAAAACUUUUACACGAAGCUCAAGGGCAUGUAGUCACUCUUGAACUAAACAACGGUACUGUGUAUAGAGGAAAACUUUCUGAAGCUGAAGAUAACAUGAACGUACAGCUUCGAGAAAUAACCGUUACAGCACGCGACGGACGUGUAUCUCAACUAGACCAAGUUUACAUACGUGGAUCACAUGUUCGCUUUUUUAUAGUGCCUGAUAUGUUGAAGAACGCCCCAAUGUUUAAAAAGAUAGGGCCGAAUGCAAUGAAGGGUAGAGGAAUAGGAUUAGGCAGGGGAAAGGCUACAGUCGCACGAGCGCAAGCACGCGGAGGUCGAGGUCGAGCAUUCCGUGGAAAUCCUAGGGGUAUACCACGCGGUGGUCGUCCACAAUAA